AUGCCAACAGCGGGUCAGCGCCCGCGCCCGAAGCCGAAAUUCAAGGGAAAGGGAGCCGCCGACACCUCCAUCAUCGAGUCCUUUUCCGAGAAUCCCAUUUCCAGCAGUCUUUCUGACCGCGUAAAGAUGCGCGACAGAGGCAAACGUGUCGACCCAGUCUCCUCCUCUCUCCGCGACAACACCAACAUCCAGUCCGAUAUCAUCGAAAUUGCCUCUGAUUCCGACGACGAGCUCAGUUUCCUCACCAAGCCGAAGAAGUUAGUUACGAAGACUCGUCCUUUGUCGAAAUCUAUUCCAUCCUCAUCACUCCCUGCUUCUGACCCGUUUCCUGAAUCGACCAACACCAACACCAACACCAACACCAACGACCCACCGCCACUACAUGACGAUAAUAGCAUUCCACCAAUCAAUGUACUUCCUCAGCCACCGUCUUCUUCCCCUAGCCCUGCACAAGUAGUGAAACCACCCAAAAAGCCACGGAAAAAGAAGGACACGGAUGGCGAGAAGCCGCCAAGGAAACCACGGACGAAGAAAUCCAAGAAUGGCGACGACGAUAACGCGGAGAAACCCACGAAGAAAAGGAAGGAAAAGGAGAAAGAAAAGCAAUUUACCAGUGCAGAAUUCGUCGCAGACUCGGACGACAACGACGGUGACCGAUUGCCUCUUGCCAACCCAAUCUCCGAGCCAAUCCCAGGACCAUCUCGUUCCAAACCCAUAUCAACCGUCUCUGUUCCCGACUCACAGCCAGAUGAAGAAUUGGUGCUACCGAUUGUUAGCGCAAAGCGAAAGCGCGAAGUCGACCAAGGAGCAGGGUCGUCUGGGAAGGACGCUAAGAAGGCCAAAGUAGCGUCAGCGGAGGAACCUAAAUCCAAGAAGGUCGCAGUGAAGAAGGGCAAAAGGAAGGCUAUCAUUACGGACGACGAAGAUGACGAAGGAGACUUCAUAACGGCCAAUCUAGUCGAACGGCCCGAUGAAGGGGAUAUCGAUAUGGGUCCUGAGCUGCCAGGUAGAUCCAAGCCACUCAAGAAGAAGACCAAGAACACGGUUGUUUCCGACUCUGAAGAUGCUGACCCCCCUUCUGUCGCCGUUCCAUCUAAACCACAAUCCCCGCCUCACGAACCUGUUCAACCCAUUAGUUCUCAAGUGCUCUCAGAGAGCACAAAUCACAAACAGCACGACAGACCUGAAGGGACACCGAAACCUCACAUGACUGGAAGAUACUCGAUUGGAGCACGGACCAAGAGCACGCCCUUGACUGAACUGAUCAGAAAAGUCAACGCACAACCCGGCUCGCCAUUUCCCGUCGCAGUUCCCCGCAGAAAUUCCGUCGCAGGCGUUGCUCCAGGCACACCAGUUACGACCUACUCCCCAUACGCUAAAUUUUCGCGGUCGGCAAUCGCCCGAAUUGCGCCGUUACAUCCAAAUCGAAAGACCCCGCCACCCCCACCGCCCCCACCCCCACCGAAACCAAAGACGAAGAAAGAGAAGGAAAGAGAAGAGCGGUGGGAGGAGGAGAUGAUUGAGGCUGUUGGUGGUUGGGACGCGUGGCAGGCUUUGAGUGAACAGGACCAGAAAGCAGCCAAGAGAGCCAAGUGGGCCAGAGAGUUGGAGGGCUGGGAUGACUGA